AUGAGUAUUAUCAAGAAACCCGCCUUGGUUGCUAUGCUGGUCGCAGCUGCCUGCGCAAAUGUCCAGUCCGUGAACCCGGGUAUCGGCACAAACCCCAAUGCGCAGGGUGCGACGGAGGACGUGACGCCCAGUACCGGCCCCAACGGAUCCGAAGACUGGUUGAACACCGGCAUCACCUCCGACGGAUGGAAUCCGCCUUACUUGGCCCUGGAUGACGUCUAUCACAUCUCCCUUGAGGACUUCUAUAAUGGCAUUGGAUACCCCUGCUCUCAGUACGAUCAAUACUUCCAAAGUGCCGCAUCCAAGUACAGCGUGGAUGCAGUUAUCUUAGCUGUGAUCGCUAUGCAAGAGUCGUCAUGCAACGCAGAUGCCGGUGGCCCGACUCCUGGACUGAUGCAAGUCUCGUGCGAAAAUUAUCCCAAUGGCGAGUGCACUGAUUCAAUUCAAGGCAAUGUGGAUGCCGGCACGAACUACCUGAAGUCGCAACUUUAUUCGACUGGCGGAAAUGCGAUCGAGGCAUUUGGCUCCUACAACGGGUGGUUCACGGCCAACAAUAGCUUGAACGAUAACAAGGGUCUCACGGAGGAUUAUCCGUGCUCAUCGGAGGGCCAAUCAAAUGGGGUUCCUCAGAAUUUGGAUUAUCUGCACCAGGUUCUGAAUGGCUGGCUGAUGGGUCUAGAUGUGUAUGGUGAUGACAACUGGAUUGGCACUUACAAGUGCGACCAAUCUUGCAGUGACGGAAGUAAAUGCUGA